AUGAGCUGCGAUACCAUAGAGCCCGACCAAGACAUUGCUUCCUGGUCAGUCACUUGGCUAGAGCCAUGGGACGAUUCGGGAUCUGGCCAGUUCAUCGAGCAGAAGGCUUACAAUCCUACUCAUGCUACAAAAAUGAGCUGCGAUACCAUAGAACCUGACCAAGACAAUCCUUCCUGGUCAGCCACUUUGCUAGAGCCCUUGGCCCACAACUCCCUGCGCCUGGACGAACAAAUGUCUACACACGUCGGAGCAACAAGCGUCACUAAGGAUUUUGGCACCGGGAAGCACAAUACUUCUACAGGGGACCACGACACAUUCGGACCAAAGGAUACUGGCAGCAAGUUAUCUUGCAUGACUGGAUCUAUAAUCGAAGCUUCACAUAACCUAUCAGCGGACGGCAAAGUCUCACCCAUUUCGCUUGCAAUAGGAGGGCCAUCGCCAUCAUCUGUCGCAGGAAAUCAGCCACUUUACUUAGGUUGGGAGAAUCAUUGUGGUUCGUCCUUUCAAGGAUUCGAGACUUUAGGCCUACGUAGUAACCCAUGGCACAUGCACAUGGAGGUGGAAGGAGGUAAGACUCUACCAGGUGGUGAGAAGGGAAGGGCAUUAACUGUACAACACAGCGAGGCCAUACCUUCCAUAAGGAGUGAAUGCUCAAAACCCGUCCCUCUGUUGUCGGCCGGCCAGCUCGUCUUCGAUGCGAAUAUGCUGCCCCUAAGUACAAGAAAAUUGAGAAAGAAGACCAGGGCCGAGCGUGAAGCUUCUCAGACGUUGCGGAACUCGGGAGGGGCAUGCCCACAACACAAGGCUGCCAAGAAGGCGUGUCGGUGCUUUGGCUUGGAAGGCCAAGCUGAUCCUCAGGGGUCUGCUGCGAGAAGAGCAGCAAAUCGAGAUGGACUCAAUGGAGCAAUGAGCGAAUCCACAAACCAAUCAAACAUCUUGGCAUCCUCUGAUGACAUGGGCCUGCUGGAUAUGCCUGAGAACCUUGGAGCCGUUGAUGAGACUUUGGAACGUCCGGGUCUCAAGCAAGUGUGGCCUGCCUCUAACAUGGCAGAUCCCCUGAAGCGAGUCUUGAUCUUCAGUUGCCCAUAUGUCUUUGCGCCAUGCUCCUUUCGGACGACGCAAAUGGGAGAAUGGACGGACCAUCUCGUUGUUGCCCACAGCGAGCGACUCGACUCUGUAGCUCGAACAUAG